CCGUCCCUCAAACCUGGCCCCCAGCCGGGAAGAUGCAGGCGGCGGCGCGACAUGUGGUGUGCGCCCUGUCCGGCGGCGUGGACAGCGCGGUGGCGGCGGUGCUGCUCCGGCGGCGAGGUUACCAAGUAACAGGGGUGUUUAUAAGGAGCUGGGACACUGUGGAUGAACAAGGAGUUUGUUCAGCAGACAGAGAUUGUGAAGAUGCUUACAAGGUUUGUCAGAAACUGGAUAUUCCUUUCCAUCAGGUUUCCUAUAUAAAAGAAUACUGGAAUGAAGUAUUCAGUUACUUCUUAAAAGAGUAUGAAUUGGGAAGGACACCCAAUCCUGACAUAAUAUGUAACAAGCAUAUCAAAUUCAAUUAUUUUCUUCGUUAUGCUUUGGAUAACCUUGGAGCAGAUGCAGUAGCUACUGGGCAUUAUGCAAGGAGCUCUCUGGAAGAGGAGGAGGUUUUCCAACAGAAAUAUAUUAGUAGACCACAGGGGCUUUUCAGAAACCGAUUUGAAGUGAGAAAUGCUGUAAAACUGCUUAGAGGAGCUGAUAACCUGAAAGACCAGACGUUCUUCCUCAGCCAGAUUUCACAGGAUGCCUUAAGAAGAACUAUUUUUCCUUUAGGAGGAUUAACAAAGUCUUUUGUAAAGAAGAUAGCAGCAGAAAAUGGCAUUCAUCAUGUGCUAGCAAGGAAAGAGAGUAUGGGAAUCUGUUUUAUUGGUAAAAGAGAUUUUGAAAGAUUCAUUCUUGAGUAUUUAGAGCCUCAUCCAGGUAACUUUGUUUCCAUUGAAGAUAACAGGGUUUUAGGAACACACCAAGGUUUGUUCCUGUAUACAUUAGGACAGAGGGCUAGAUUAGGAGGCCUUAAAGAAGCUUGGUUUGUUGUAGAUAAAGAUAUAACCACAGGAAAUGUCUUUUUGGCACCAUCUACAGAUCACCCUGCACUGUAUAGAGACCUAAUGAGGACAAAUCGAGUGCACUGGAUUGCAGAGGAACCUCCUGCAGAACUAAUUAGGAACAACAUGAUGGAGUGUCUUUUCAAAUUUCAGCACCAGAUGGCACUAGAGCCUUGCAUGUUAACUCUAAACCAGGAUGGGACAGUGUGGGUGACACUAGCUAAACCAAUUAGAGCACUUACAGCAGGGCAGUUUGCUGUGUUCUACAAGGGUGACGAGUGCCUUGGCAGCGGGAAAAUCUCAAGGCUGGGCCCAUCAGUAUAUACCUUACAACAGGGUAAAAGCAAAGAGGAGGUUUCAAAGAAUGCGUUAGCAGAGGAUGUUGAGAAGUUAGAGCCAGCAACAUAAUGGGCAUAUUUGUUCUUAAAUGAAAGACUUCUGAGAAACUGGAGCCUAAGAAUAAUGAGAGCAAUAAUAAACACAUUUCUUUGAUGAGCUGUAACUUGCAAAAGGGUGAGUCUGGUCAUGUUUUUCCGCCAUAAAAUACUACAACUCAUAAAGGAGUUGUCUCUCUUGAAUGAAACUACUGAGCUAAUAAUAGAUGAACCUCUAUUUCAGACAUACAAAAUGGUACCUGAGGACCAGUUAGACAGCAGUUUUGAUAUAGUUUUAUUACAUUACAUGGUGAUUUAUGUUGGUGAAAACAUCAAACAACGAUAAACAAUGUCAGUAGACAGGAAGGUUGCCAUAACUGUUUAAGAGACUACUUGGCAGUUUCCAGUUGAGCACUUUUUUUGAAGGCUAAGGUUAAAUGUAAAAAUAUUUAAUGUAAGAGUCCACAAAUCUGUACAAAACUAUUCUGUUCCAGAACACUGUAAACACUUAAAAAUACAAAUAAGGUUUUACUUUUGAUUAUUUGUACAGUGAUACCAGUCCUGUAUCAGAAAACAAAAUUAGCGAAUAUUCAGUUUAUAAUAAGGCUAUUAAUUGCCUAAAUUACUGUGUACUAGCAGCAGUAUAUACCAAUAUUUUAAUUUAAAAAAAAUGAUGAAUGAAAUCCCAAGCCUCGCUUCAU